AUGGCGUCCUCCUUCCCGCCCGAGCCAGUCUCAACGAUAGAUUGGUCCAAUAUCGGCUUCAAAAUACGCGAGGUCAAUGGCCAUAUCGAAUCCCACUACUCGGUUCAGACCGGCGAGUGGUCGCCGCUAAAAUGGGUCGAGGACCCUUAUAUCAGGAUCCACGGCAUGGCGCCCGCCAUCAACUACGGAGUACAAGCCUACGAGGGCCUCAAGGCCUUCCGCGGCCCCGGCGACAAGACCAUCCAGAUAUUCCGCCCCGACCGCAACGCGACGCGCUUGCAGCACUCUGCGUCGUUCAUCUGCAUCCCUCCCGUCCCGGUCCAGCUCUUCAUGGAUGCUGUGUCCGCCGCCGUCGCACGCAAUGCCGAGUACGUUCCACCGCACGAGACGGGCGCCGCCAUGUACAUCCGCCCGCAGAUCUACGGGUCUUCGGCCCAACUGGGGCUCAACCCUUGCGAGGAAUACACCUUUGCCGUCUACGUAGUGCCCACGGGCGUGUACCACGGCACCGCCCCCACAAAAGCUUUCAUCCUGGACGAGUUUGACCGCGCGGCGCCCAACGGAACCGGAAGCGCAAAGGUCGGCGGCAAUUACGCACCCGUUUUGAAGUGGGGAGAGAAGGCCAGGGCCGAGGGCUACGGGAUAAACCUGCACCUCGAUUCGGCAACGCAUUCUGAGAUCGACGAGUUCUCGACGAGUGGUUUUAUUGGGGCGAUCGACGAUGGUCAGGGCAAUAUAACACUCGUCGUUCCAGACUCCAAGAAUGUGAUUGACAGCGUGACGAGUCUAAGCAUCCAGGAGAUUGGAGCAAACUUUGGCUGGAAGGUUGAGAAGCGGUCGAUCAAAUACUCGGAGCUUCCCACAUUCAGUGAGGUUAUGGCAGCAGGGACCGCAGCGUCGCUCGUUCCUAUCCGCUCUAUUACUAGAAAGAUCAGCUCCUCAGACCCCAAAUCCCUGGCCGCAACCAUCAAACAACACGCGCGUCUCGAAGUGACGGUAGAUCAGGAAACAGUUACUUAUGUCCCUUCGUCGCAACCGGAUGCCGGCCCCAUCUGCACCAAGCUGCUUUCACAAUUCAAGGGCAUUCAGCUUGGCAAAGUCAAGGACGAAUUCGGUUGGAACCAUGUGGUCACCGAGGCAGACACGAAAAAGGCAGUAUGA